AUGUAUGUGAUAUUUAUAAUAGUGUUAAUAUGUGUACAAUGUUCGCACGGUUCACAAUAUGUUGUGCAAACGAAAGUGGGACCUAUCUCAGGUCUGAAAGCUACAGACGGAGACUACAUCAUGUAUCUUGGAAUACCAUACGCUAGAGUUAAUCUAACUAAUCCAUUUGGGGCGUCUCUUCCCCAACCGAAAUUCGAAACAACAUACGAAGCGAACGACGACUCAAUAGUAUGUCCCCAAAUAGACGAGUUCAGUAAAGAAAACUUUGGGUCACUCGAUUGUCUACGUUUGAAUAUCUACGUGCCGAACCAGGCCUCGAAGAAACCUUUAGCCGUGCUAGUACAUUUCUUCGGCGGAUACUUCAGAAACGGGAGCAGCGCUCGCCGCUUGUACGGGGCGAAAUUCUUGGUUAGACACGGUCUGAUAGUGAUUACAUUCAACUACCGAUUAGGUCCCUACGGAUUCUUCUGCCUGGACACGCCGGAAGUUCCAGGAAAUCAGGGGCUCAAAGAUCAGUACGAAGCUUUGAAGUGGAUAAAAAAGAAUAUCGCUGCGUUCGGAGGCGACGAAAACAAUAUCACCGUUCUAGCUCACAGCGCGGGAGCGCAGGCGGCGGAAUUCCAUUUGCUAUCGAAGCAGCCCCUAAUGUUCGACCAGGUAAUUUUACAGAGCAGCUCCGCGCUGUACCCUCAAGCCUUCAAGCCCGCAGACUACAAUUUACCCAUAAGAAUAGCCAAAGAGCUGGGCUUUAAUACGAAUUUUACUCACAAAGCGCUACAGUUCCUCGCAAAGUCUGAUACGAAGUCGGUAAUAGACGGGACGCGGUCCAUAGAAUUUUUCGGAGUGUGCGCGGAGAAGGAGUUUCCGAAUGUAUUCCGAUUGGUUUCAGAGCAUCCCGAAUUUUCUGAGCCUAAUUUGGAGGGGUUGAGAAUCGUCGCCGGGUUCAAUAAUAACGAGUGGCUUUUUGGAUACUACAUGGACCGAUUCAGACGAAGGUUCCUAAGCCCCGAAGUAUUCAGGGAGAAUUUGAACAUCGUAUUCGACUUGGGUCCCAGACUGGACGAGAUGGAGGAGCUAGUACGUCACUUUUAUCUCGGAGAUAAGGAAGUCAGUGAGUCCACAGUAUACAUAAUACUGGACUUUUUAUCGGAUCUGGAUUUUCUGCAACCAGUGCAGAGGAGUAUAAAUAAGCUCCACAGAAGGGGAGCGACAAUAUACCAAUACUUGUUUUCGUAUAGCGGCCAAAGGAACUGGCUGAAGAAUUGGUAUUCAAUAACAGAGGCGGGCGCAACUCACGCCGACGAGCUGGCCUAUCUCUUCACUUCAGAUUUGAAUAAGAACGUACCCACCCCAGAAGAUCAAGUCGUCGUUGACAAUUUUACUAAAUUAUGGACGAACUUCGCGAAAUUCGGAGAACCAACACCAGACAAAGUUGGCGGCAUACCAUUGAAAUGGAGACCAAUAACGAAGGACUCCAUACCCUACAUGAACAUCGACUACAACCUGACGCUGAGCAGCAGACCUUACCACGAUCGGAUAGCAUUCUGGGAGCUCUUCUACAUACUAAACGAGAAACAUCUCAGAGCGAACCAGUGGAGGCCGAAACGAGUAGCGGUUUAGGACAAAUAUACCUUUAACUGUUAUGAAAGAGAGACAUAUUCAAACUAUAAUACGCAGAAGUUAACCAGGCACAUCUUUCUAAGGAGACUCACUAUCCUUCGGAGUUGAAUUUGACAUCCUUAGAGUAUGUCAUGACUCAUGAUACUACUUGCUACUUUCUUAGUCUGGUGGCCUGGCUAAUCGUAACUGAAAAAUUCUACCUAAAAAAAGUAAGUUUUUGAGUGUCAACAUUCAGUAUCUUUGUAGUCAUUAAUUAAAAAACUUAUAUAACCUAAUCAAAGUUAUUAAUUAUAAGUGGGGUUUGACUUUACACGCUACCGAUAUCCGAUCGUAUACCGCAAACGAUCCUGUCACUUUGACAUAAGAGUGUUUUUACUAUAUCCCAAUUUAGUUUGAUGAUUUGGUAAGUUGUUUUUAUAUCCAGUCUGAUAUCGAUUCGAUAUUGAAUCAUAUCGUAUCGCAAAUCAUAUCGCAUAAUUAUAUACUUAAGAGGCCGGGUACCA